UGCAAGGCCUCCCCAAGCCUUCUCUGUAUGACCCAGACGAAACGGCGUGAGUGAGAGCGUGCGCUGCUUGAUGGAGACACCUGGGUUUAACUUUCGUAUCUUUUUUUCUUGUCUGGCAGCAGAGUGACGUAACACUUAACCCGUCUUGAAACUUCCUCUCAUCUUCAUUUUGUGGAACCUGCCUUUUUUUUUUUUUGCGCCGUAUAUAAAACGGACAGCUUUCUUAUCGCUAAGCCAUACGAGCCCUCUUGGCGGAGAAAGGAACCCACGUUCAGAGAUGAAGCUCCUGAACAUCGCCGUUGUGUCCGCCGUGGUCUGCCUGGCUGUCGCUGGGCCUGCGCCCAAGAUGGACGCCCCAGCAGCAGCACCAGCUGCAGGCAAGGAAGAGAAGAUUGAAGGACGAGGUGGUUUCUUCGGCGGCCCUGUUGGAUACGGAGGUGGCUACGGAGGUGGCUACGGAGGCGGUCCCGUGGCACUUGGAGGCGCCGCCUACGGCAACGCCGCGGGCGGCUACCAAGGUGGCUUCGCUAGUGGCGCCCAGGGCUUCAACCAGGGAUCCGGUGGCUUUGCAGGUGGCGACUCAUUCAGGAACGUGCAAGGCUACAACAACCAAAUGGGUUACAGCUCCAGCACUGGCUUCUCGAAGACCGACUCAAACCGCUACGGAACCGGUUUCGGCCAGCACUCGGGAGGCUUCGCCGGCGGAGCCGCUGGUCACCAGGCUGGUUUUGGCCAGGCUGGCUUUGGACAAGUCGGCGGAAUUGGCCACUACUAGCACAGGCGCAAGAUCUAGUCGCAUGGCUCACAUCUAAACCCGUGUUCAAGCUGGAAAACAUAAUUUCUUGUACAAAUAUUGUGAAUAAAUUAUUAUUAUUUUGCUUUCAA